AUGGCCAAGACUGCGAAGACAAUCCCACAAGAUAGAGAAAAGACUGGAUCAAGACAAGGGGACGAAGCACAAGAGCUACUACUACUACUACAAGAAGCUCCGAUCCAUGGAGAUGUGUUGGAGACAAUUCUCACCCGCCUGCCCAUGCUAGACAUGGUGGCCGCGUCUCGUGUCUCCAAGGCAUGGCGAGGUGCCGUCUCCACCUCCCUCCGGAUAUCUCCCCGUGUCAAGCCCUGGUUCAUCGUCUAUACUCUUCACCACCGGAACCAUUCACUCACCUCCGCCUGUGCCUUCGACCCUGCCUCUCGUGUCUGGCUUCGUAUUGACAUCGGCGAUGUCCACCAGUUCACCACCAAUACCAUCGCCGCCUCCACAGCCUCCCCAGCACUCCGAUCCUCCCAUUCCCAACACCUACUAUACAAGCUUUCCGCCGGAUUAUUCUCCUUCUCCUUCGACGCCCUCCACCUCGCUUGGCACAAAGCGGAAGCGCCACAAGUGUGGCGUCAGGACCCCAUCGUCGCACGCCUCGGCUCUCGUGUACUCGUUGCCGGUGGCACCUGUGACUUCGUGGAUGACCCACUCGCCGUCGAGAUGUAUGACACCGGAUCCCGGAGAUGGGAGACGUGUGAGCCCAUGCCGGAACUGCUCAAGGACUCUGCCACAAGCACUUGGCUCUCCACCGCCGCCACCAACAGUAGGCUCUACCUGCUGGAGAAGCGCUCCCGUCUGAUCUGCUCCUUCGAUGCAGAGACUAAGACUUGGGGACCCACUUUCAAUUUGAUCUUGAACACCAACGCACCUGUGGCUGUGUUUCACUCCAUCAUCGGAUUCGCCGGCGACCGGUUGGUCCUGGUGGGUCUGAUGGGCGAACCAGAGGAAUUGCAGGGCUUGGGGCUCUGGGAGGUCGAUCAGGUCACCUACGAGUGUAGAAAGCUGGGAGAGAUGCCACCGGCGAUGGUAGAAAGUCUCAGGAACGCCAACUCGCGACUCUCGACCCCAAGUGCAUCAAUGGAGGGUGAUUUCAUCUACGUUUAUAAUCCUUCGAACCCGGAACAGAUAUUCUUCUGUGAAUUGAAAGAGGGGAAGUGCCAAUGGGGUGAAGCCAUGAAUCCCAUGACAAACAUCCGCAGUCGGAUGCACAGAUUCGUGUUCACAUGUUCCAGAGUCGGGAUGGGAGACCUUCAGAAGGCUAUGGCAACUGGAAACCGAAGAUUGACGGUGGAAUCGGAGUGA